AUGGCUGCUCCUCCUGCCCUUUCCGAGGACAGAAGCGACGGCUACCGUGUGGCGCACUCCCCUCGGGGGYUGAUGGUUCAGGCAGAGCGGCUCCGGCACCGGGCUGGGGCAUCCCGGGGACCGGCCGUGACCCUCGCAGCCCCGAGCCCCGGGUGCCGCUCCCGGACGGGGGCUGCUCACACCACUCUGGUGCCGGUCCCCGCUCCCAGGCGGAGGUUGCGCGGCUGCGGGAGGCGUCACUCCCGAUCCAGCUGCGGGGACGGAGCCCCGCCGGCCGGCAGCGCCCCGGGACCGGGCCGCCCGGGCACCAAGCGCCUGCCGCGGGCCAUCGUGGUGGGCGUCAAGAAGGGCGGCACUCGCGCCGUGCUGGAGUUCAUCCGGGUGCACCCCGAGGUGCGCGCUCUGGGCACCGAGCCCCACUUCUUCGACAGGAACUACCACCGCGGGCUGGAGUGGUACAGGAGCCUGAUGCCACGAACACUCGACAGCCAGAUCACGGUGGAGAAGACCCCCAGCUACUUCGUCACCAAAGAGGCGCCACGGAGGAUCUUCAACAUGUCCCGGGACACCAAACUGAUCGUGGUGGUGAGGAACCCGGUCACCAGGGCCAUCUCAGACUACACACAGACCCUGUCCAAGAAGCCGGACAUCCCCACCUUCGAGGGGCUGACCUUUCGCAACCGCAGCCUGGGGCUGGUGGACACGUCCUGGAACGCCAUCCGCAUCGGGAUGUACGCCGUGCACCUGGAGAGCUGGCUYCAGUACUUCCCUCUCUCACAGAUCCACUUUGUCAGUGGGGAGAAGCUGAUCACRGACCCAGCAGGGGAGAUGGGCAAAGUCCAGGACUUCCUGGGCAUUAAACGGGUUAUCACAGACAAGCACUUCUACUUCAACAAGACRAAAGGCUUUCCGUGCCUGAAGAAGUCGGAGAGCAGCGGCUUGCCUCGCUGCCUUGGCAAGUCCAAGGGCAGGACUCAUGUGCAGAUAGACCCCGAGGUGAUCGAGCAGCUUCGGGACUUUUAUAGACCUUAUAAUAUCAAAUUCUAUGAAACAGUCGGGCAGGACUUCAGGUGGGAAUAAYUGUCCGUGAGCAGAGCUGCAGUGACGUGAGGCUCCUGUCAUCGGUGAGGGGCCCCAAGGGGCUGGAGCCAGGACYCCCUCAGCCCAUCUUGUCCAGAAUYGCCAGCAGAGGCAGGCAAGGGAUUUCCCUGUCCCUUGGGAGCCUGCAAWGCUCCRGA